CGGUGCGCACGCGCGGUCUGCUUUCUCUGUGAAGAGUGCAUGAGCGACGCCAUCUUGAAGCGCUGAGGGGAGGCAGGAAAGGAGAGUGCGGGACUUGCCCAACUUUCUCUCUGAUCCAACAAAAACAAAUUAGAUAUUUAUAUCUCUGGACAACGUUGCAAAGUGUCCUGAAUAUAUAACAUUUUCAGACAAGUCUUGAAUUAAUCCGUUGCUUGUAUCGUUAACUGCUGCUCUUGGCCUCCCCUCUGCCGCAGCGUGAAUCAUGGAGAACUACCAGAAGUCCAAGACCGUGGAGAAACCGUCCCCUCUUCCUUUUAGCAACCUGCCCUCAGACAUCAUUGAGAUGAAAGUGAAGGACGGCAGCAAAAUCCGCAAUUUGAUGGGCUACGCCAUUGGCAAGAUGGAGCUGGAUGCAGUGAGGCAGGUUCUCUUCAGUGGUUCUGGCAAAGCCAUCAGCAAAACCAUCACCUGUGUGGAGAUCAUGAAGCGGCGGCUCAAGAGCCUUCACCAGAUCACGAAGGUGUUCUUCAGGCAAAUAGAGGAGAUCUGGGAUCCCAUCGUGCCUGAGGUUGGCCUCGAUCCUUUGACGGUCAAGCGAAAUAUCCCUGCCAUAUGCAUCUUGCUGAGCAAAGAUCCUUUGGACUCUCAGGAACUGGGCUAUCAGGCUCCUGGAUCUUUUGAUGCCUUCUGGCUGGAAACGCUGAAAUCGGAGUCCCAGGGCCAGGCCAAGAGGAAGCAGGGGGGAGGCAGGGGCGCUGGCUGUGCAGGGAAGCAUCCUCGCUCUGCUGGGCGGGAGGACUCGUACAAAAAACCCUGACAGUCGGGACUGAAAGGAUUGCUUGUGGAGCCCGUGUGAAUCUGCUGGGUACCGGAUUUAGAGCACCAUGUGUUGGAAAAGCUGGAGAAGAGGUACCGUUAAGGCCAAGGAGAGGCACAUCGGUAUGAAUUUGGGAGGCUUUGCCAGUCGGCCAGCUGAGCCUUUGGGUCUUGUCAUGGGGCUUUUCUUUUCUCGUUUGAAAAGGACUUGCUCAGGAUCCACUUGCAACGGAUUUUGUGACCAGUAUGUUCUGGAGUGGAGUGCUUGAAGUGUCAAUAAAUGAACAUGCAAUGAAUUUUCCUUAGAGGGAAAGAGGGAAAGUUAGGCCUUUCAUACCUGUCCUGCUAACACAUGUGCAAGGAACCUCGGUGGAGUGGAAACACCAUCCGUGGGACGGAUCCAGCUGAGUAAAGGCAGGGAAGUACUGCUCCUGCACCAAAAGUCUUACCUUUCUCUUCCUAAAUUCUCCAUUAAGAGGGUAGCUGUCGAGGUGACUGAAUCCCAUCAGCUGUGUGUUUUCUUGACGGAGCAAGAAUCUCGCACUUGGCUAUCUGUCUAAAUUCUAUAAAUAUGAGAAAGCUCAAGGCAGAUGUGAAUUGCGUUGUUGAUGGGUUUCUUAUAUCCUGAACUCCUAAAGACUCCUAACAUUUCACCUAAGAAACAUCAGCCUUCCUGCAGGUUUGAUAGAGGAGAUCCUAGAGCAGUUGAUUGUGAAAAUGCAGGGCACAGCCCAGAUAAGCUUUCUUUUACCCAUACCUUUGUGCCAACAUGUGUGUCUGUGAGGGAAAAAACUCAAAUGACUUGAGGAGGAACUUGGAAGGCUUAGAUGCUGUCACUUUCUAGUCCUAAAACUAUGUUUUGCUUAUUAAAGUCAGUAAAAAUACAUAUUUUUCAAUUCCUAUCUUUUCAGUAAAUUCACAAAAGUUAGUAGCACACCAGUUGUUACCCACACAUCCCACAGCAACCUGCAGUCUCCAGAUGUACAACUCUGCCCCUCCCAUCUGGGCUGGGGAAUUAAUGCAGAAGUGCUGCAGAUUAUCUCCAGGGGAGGUAACCAUCUGUGGCCUCU